UUGUUUUAAUAUAUAAGAAAGAAAAAUUACAAUUUUUAUUAUUAUUAGUUUCAAAAUCUGUAAGCAUAAAAAAUUGAUAAGAGUUACGAAGGGGAGGUGGUGAUAGCGGUCACCAAAACCAGACCCAGAUGGUGGGGACUCGGGAGGGCGUAGGAUCCUGGUUGUCUGGAGUUUGGGUUUAAAAUCUGGUGCGUGCGUGGUGCAAAGCCCAGAUUCUAAUAAAUGCUAGAAAAUGAGUGGCUGGGUGGGUGGGUGUGUGGGGUCUCAAUUUUUAAGCAGCCAAUCCCUGCUUAGCUGUCAUUUCUGUGGAACCAGAAGAGGAAGAGGAAGAGGAAGAGUAUAGAAACCACGCCACGCGCAUCCUUGGGAUUGGGAGAUGGGAGGGACGGAGGGAGGGAGUUGUUUUUUUAAUAUUCCAAUAUUCAUCUCGCCCUGGCUCUCGCCCUGUAAAAUAUAUGUGAAAACCAAAAUGUAACAUUAGGAAAUUCCGCAUUUAUUAUUAUUAUUAUUAUUAUUAUUUUGUUUGAUAAUAAAAAUAUUAUAAUAUGAUGAAAGGUUGUAUAUUAUGAUGAAUGAAAUUAAUAAUGAAAGUGUUAUCAAACUUUGAGCUAGGAGCUUUAAAUUGAUAUUAUAUGGUAGAUGUGUCCGUUUACCCCAUGCCAAGUCUUGGUCAUUUAAUAAACAGUAACACCCCUCAGUUCAGAUUCUUUCCAAAAUAAGAAGGAAAAGAGAGAAACCCAAUUAAUUAAUUAAUUGAUUAAUUUCAUCUGAAGAUAUAUAUUGAAGAAAACUAAUUAACACCUUAGUUUGAUAUAAUUAAUUAUGUGCAUAUAUAAAAAAGAAAAGAAAAGAAAAGAAAAUUGUAGUAGUAGCAGUAGUAAACUAAAUAAUAUGUGAAAUAAUAAAGAUAUUAAAUAUAAUUAAUGUGAAAAGCAUAAGACAGACAGACAGACAGCUUGCUUAAUGAGUAAGGAAGCAAGCUAAAAGAAAAGGUUUUUUUAUUUUUAUAUAUGUAUAUAUAUAUAUAUAUAUUAAAAAAAGAGAGCGUGAAAACACGCAGUUAAAAGUGCGAGUAGAGAAGAGACAUGAUGAUGGUAUUGGUAUUGGUCCCUGCAGAAAAUAAACAAAGGCCAUAAACAGUAAUCUCCAAUUCAAUUGUCCCAGCAAAAAGAAAAAGAGAAGAAACGAGGGUGAGAGUUAAAAAAGAAACAAAUUUAUAAACAAAACCUAUCACAGCAUUCAUCAUCAUCACUCAGUUUAAUUCGUCUCUUACGAAAUGAGGAACCCAACAACAACGACAACAACAACAAGAGGAGGAGGAGGAUCAUCAACAACAUCAAGCAUGGUGGGGAAAAGUAGUAGGUAUAUGAAGAACAACAACAACAACAACAAUAAUAAUAAUAAUAAUAAUAAGAAUAGUAAUAGUAAGAUGACACCGUGCUGCAGCAAGGUGGGGCUGAAAAGGGGGCCGUGGACUCCGGAGGAGGACGAGGUGUUGGCGAACUACAUCAAGAAAGAAGGAGAAGGCCGGUGGAGAACACUGCCAAAGCGAGCUGGGCUGCUGCGAUGCGGCAAGAGCUGUCGACUGCGAUGGAUGAACUAUCUUCGUCCCUCCGUGAAACGUGGCCACAUCGCUCCUGAUGAAGAAGAUCUCAUUCUUCGCCUCCAUCGCCUCCUCGGCAACCGGUGGUCUCUGAUAGCAGGGAGAAUUCCUGGACGCACAGAUAAUGAGAUAAAGAACUACUGGAACACUCACCUGAGCAAGAAGCUCAUUAGUCAAGGCAUCGAUCCCCGAACCCACAAGCCUCUCCUCAACUCCCCCGACUCCUCUUCUCCUCCUCAUCCUCGUCAUCAUCCUCAUGACACCAAACCCUCUUCCUCCUCCAAACCCAUGAUGAUCAAUGCUACUCAGCCUCCACCAACACCAAGCCCUAACCCUAAUCACUCUACUCCUUCCAAUCUCACGGACGACCAACAACCUGAUAAUGAUAUUCCAGCUGAUUUCCUCCAAAUCAACAACAACAACAACAACAGCAACAUCAUACACAAGGAAAAGGAAAAUGAAAAUGAAAACACCUUCUUCUUCCAUGCCACUAUUGUUGCUAAUAAUGAUGAUCAUGAUCACUAUCCAAUUCAAACUCCUGAUGGCAUUGGCAUUGGCACUGCCACUCCUGCACUUGUCCAUCAUAUUCAUCCCUAUCAUCCCAAUUUUCCAUCAUCUUCCGAUCAUGAUGAACAUCAUUGUUCCCCCUCCAAUAUUAACCAUGCCCAGCUCCCAGGCAAUGAUGAUGAUAUCAAUUACUGCCCCGACGAUGUCUUCUCUUCCUUUCUCAAUUCCUUGAUCAACGACGAUGCCUUUGCUGCCCAAGCCCAACACCAACUACUACUACAACACCCCCACCCCAAUCCCAAUCCCGAUCCCACUCCCACUUCUGCUCCACCUGCACUUUCCGAUCCUAAUUUGAUUUCCACCAGUGCUACUGCAACAGCUACUGCACCCACUACUACUUAUGCCUUGCCAACCACCACCUGGGAUUCUUCAUUGCUCUCUUCCACCACCACUACUUUUAACCACAAUCAUCCCAACAGUACCAUUGAUGAUGAUCAUCAUCAAAUGGAAUAGCAUAUCAUCCAUCCGCACCUGCCAUUCAUCAUCCUCCAUUACUUUAUGCGCAAAUUCUACCUACCUACCUAAGGGUUUCUUUGAUUAAUAUUAUUUCUUGUGUUCCAGUUUGUUCUAUUGGUUUCAUGGUCAUCUUAUCUUCAUUUUCGCUGGGUUUGUGAUACUCUUCUUUCUUUUUUUUCGUUCUUUUAAAGUUGUUGUAUUAUUCCUAGCCAAAGAAAAAAAAAAAAAAAGUUGUAUUUUCAUAGACAACUUUAGAUUGAUCUACGCUGUAGUUGUAUCUUUAAAGACUGAAUGCAAGAUCAAUCUCACUUGUAUAAUCAUGAAGACAUGAUCAAUAUAUAUAUAUGUUUAUUGUAUGUAUGUUUGUUUAUAUAUUCUGCUAAGUACCCAAAAUUUUUAUUGCUUGAACGUUUAUUAUGCAUUGCAUGCAUGAUCCAAAAUGCUUAUCUAUUCUUCUAAUCAAAAGCUUAAUUAUUUGUUUAUGCCUUUAAUUAAGCUAUUAGCUAGUCUCCUUUUUCCUAAUAUCACUUUGCCAGAGAUCUCAAGCUUUUGAACAUUUUUUGAUAUCAAUUGUAUAUAUAGAUGAUUGUUGAUAUGCAUUAAUACAAAAUAGCUGAUAUCUAAUCGAAGGAACGAAAUAAGAUUCAAGCGCAUAGAAUUAACUACAAUUAAAAUCAACAAGUAUGUAUAGCACAGAGAUGAAAACUGAAGAUAAAGAUAUGUAUAAAUACUCAUAUACUUAACUCACGGAUUUAAACAAUAACCUAAUGGAUAUUAAUGUUUUUCUUGAUCAACGAUCCUCGUAGUUGAUAUAUAUGAACUUUCGUUCUGCAUAAAUAAAUAUAUGAUAAUAUAUGUUGACAUAUAUAGCUGAAAUAAAUACAUAUUAUUAGACUCAAAGUCAUGCAUGCAUGUGGUGCAUUUGAAGAUGAACUUGGCAAAACUAAAACACAUUGGAUUUCAUGUUAUGGGUAUUGAAAUAAAGAUAUAUGUGAUGGAGAUAUUAUAUAAUUGUUAUCAAAUAUCAAUGAUCAAAAUCAAUAUAUAUCUAUCUAACAAAAAAAAAAUAAAAAAAAAAAUCAAUAUAUAUCUCAUCAAAGACACAAAAUAUAUAUGACUUCAGGAUAAACAUAAGCUAUCGAGAUAAACAUAAGCUAUAGUAUAUGCCUUCGGAAUAAACACAAGCUAUGGUAAUCACCAAUUCACCGCAUUAAGCAACCACAAAUUUAUGACUUGAAAGUAACAUAAAAGGAUUUUAUCCAAUGUGUUACAUGCAUAUAAUAUGUAUAUGAAUUUAAUACAAAGAGAUAUUAUAAGAAAUUUAUGAUAUGACAUAGCAAUUGUGGAUAACUGUUCAUGUUUAUAAAUCCCUUAUAAUUCCUCACCAUAUCAAAAUUAUAUAUAUAUAUAUAUAUAUAUAUUUAUAACUAGGAUAGAAUACUUAUUUUCAAAAGCUAACUAGUUCAUGCUAAAUUGAACCAAUUCAAAUGUGAAUGAUGCCUACAAGUUAGAAUAUAAACUAAACUUUCAAAUACUUUGAUUGUCCUCCGCAUGCACUUGAAUGAGCGUGUUCAACAUGUUUUAGUUCCAAAAUAUACUUAUUUAUAUGCUAUAUAUAUGAGGGAAAAUAGUUCACAAUAUGCAGGCAUUUCCUUCUUUGUUGAUACGACUACAUACAAGUUCAAGCUGUUUGGUUUACAUAGAUCAUAUGUACCUGUUCGAUAAAAGCAUGCAUGAGCAAUAGAUCAAUGUAUUUGAUUGUGAUGUCAUAUUAUCGAACAUUGUGGACAUAGGGUGCAUAAGAAAGAUCAAUCAUUAUUUUUGAUAAAUAUGUGCAAUCCUACUAUGCAUAUGCCCUCACUAUAAUAUGGGCAUCAGGAAUUGAGAAAUUUAUAUAUAUCAAAUUUUAACACCUACAUUUUUUUU